AUGCAAGAGGUGCAGAGUCUGGAUAUUUCGAUAACAAGCAGUACUUUGAGACCAAAAGGUGGAGGUGGACGAGCCAGAACAGAGUCGAUUGCCGAACGUUGGGAUCUCGGAAGAUCACAAAUCAACACACCAAGCAAUUUCACACCAUCACAUAUCUCCAACACACCAACCAUCUCUAUAACCAACACUGCUGCGCCAUCUCCUCCUUCUGUCAUUCCCGUGCCAACCUCUGAAAGAGAGCCUGCACCUCGCAGAUCGCAAUCACUCAAUAUCCAACGUGUCGGCGAGGAGUUUAACAUCUUCCGUGCCAGUCCAAUGAGAAAACCAAAUCCAGACUUGGAGAAACUGUUGAUUCACGUGUCUCUCGUCGAUCAAUCCCACAAGGUUAUCUGUAUCACCGAGGAUUUCUUUGUUCAAGAUAUCAUUAAUCUUUUCGCUGGCAAGCUCGGACUCGCUCAGACUGAAUACUUCUCGUUGUGCGAGCAGACAACCGAUGGUUACGAUCGUUGGUUGGAUCCAACCAAGUUGAUUACCGACGCAGGCAUUCGUAAUCUCUCGAAGCUGAUCUUCAAAAUCAAGUAUUUCAAACAGCCAAAGAAACUGACCGAUCCCAAAGCAGUGCAUCUCUACUACCUACAGAUCCAACACUCGGUGGUGAACGGAAUCUAUCCGUGUUCCGAAGCGAUGGCGCUGCGUCUUUCCGCUCUGCAAUUCUACAUUACCUUUGGUGCACACGACAAAGAUCAACAUGUAGCCGGUUUCCUCGACCACGAAACACUGCUCGGUUUCAUUCCACUCGCUCACUUCCACACUCACACCGACGACCAGAUCAAGUGCAACACCAUCGUCGAGGCAAAGUUGCGUUAUCUAGAUCUCGCCAAUAAGAUUCCUACAUUCGGUGUCACAUCAUUCCAAGUAUUCGACACCUCUCGUGAGUCAUCGAGUGCACGUACCGCUCGUAUCAUCUGUGUCGCCGAGAACGGUCUACUAAUCGCACGUAAAGACAAGACCGGCUACGACUUUUUCAACUAUAAAGAUGUUAUCAAAUGUCUAUCUACACCAAGAGGUAUUAAGAUUCAAAUUCCAUUCUCUUGUGUAACUCAAAAUACAUCAGAGACAAUGAAUUUCGAUACUUCAUCGAAUGAACAAUCAAACAAUAUAAUAGAGUUACUUACAGGUUACAAGUAUUUCAUUCAAUUCGAUGAUUCUCUUAAAGGAUUAUGCGCACCACCAACUGUAGAUCUACAUUUAGCUGGUCAAUUCUCAUUGUUCCUUCCACCAAAACCAAGAGCAAAGUCUGAUCCACUUAGAAGUAGAGCUGAAUUAUUUAAAACUAUAUAUUUACAAUUAUGUACAACCUAUAAUACAAAACCAUUAAUGAAGUUUGUUGAUCAAGUAGAUGAAAUUCUCGAUAAAGAAGGUUCAUUCAGAAAUCUAUUGAUAUAUACAACCAUAGAUUUAUCAUCUUUGAACCUAAGAGCAGCCGAUCUUUCAUUCAUUGCUGAUGCACUAAGAGAUGCAUUCAAUACACCAAUUGAAGAAGGUGAAACAUUGGUUGAGAAUCUAGAUUUACAUACUAUCGAUUUGUCAAACAAUCCAUUGUUGGGAUCGGAUGUUGCAGAGCCAUUCAAGAUAUUGUUACAGGCAGCCGGUACCAUUGUCAAUAUCAACUUGAAGAACAUCGGUAUCACCAACAAAGGAUUGGGUCCAUUCAUUUCAAUCUUUGAGAAGCUAGACAACAUCGAGUCACUCCAGAUCGGAAAGAAUCGUAUAUUCGAAAUUACAGAGAAUGGAUUCAAACAGAUAUUCGAAGGAUUACAAUAUAAUACAACAUUGAAAGAGUUAAAUAUCAGUGGAAAUCCAAUUAAAUAUCAACAGAUCAAUAAGUUCUUGAAAUGGUUUGCAACAAGUAAUACUGCUAUUAAUAAUUUGUCAAUUGCAAGUACAAUGUUAAAUUCAAGUUCAGGAUCAGAGAUUCAAAAGAUACUUACAAGCAAUGGAUGUCAACUUCAACAACUCGAUGUUUCAUUGAAUGAUUUGGGAUCGUCAGGUACAAAGUCAGUGAUCAAAGGUGUUGUUGCAAACAAUCAAAUUACAGAUCUCUCACUCUCUGGCAAUAAGAUUGAAUACAGUGGUAUUCAUACUUUAUGUCAAUCACUUGAAACAACCUCACGUUUAUCAAAGAUCUCUCUAAGAUAUUGUAAUUUAUCUUCUAAAUCAUUAUAUAGAAUUUGUAAAUUAUUGGAAACUAAUACAACAAUUACCUCUUUGGAUUUAUCAAUGAAUAAGAUCUCUAAAUCAGUAUGUCAAGCGCUAUCACAAUGUUUACCAUCGAAUAAAACAUUGGAGGAGUUGUUCAUUACCAAUUGUGAGAUGGGUAACAAGGAGUUCAGUAAGUUGUGUGUUGGUUUGGAGUUGAAUGAAUCGUUAAAACGUAUAUACCUAGAUAUGAAUCCAUUCGGAAAGAAAGGACUGACACCACUGAUCACAGUGAUCAACAGUAACAAGGUGAUCGAAGUGAUAACACUCAGAAAUAUCACACUCAAUGCCAAAUACACUUUGGAUUUCCUCAAGAAACUCAACACCAACUCAACUAUCCAAAAGAUCAACUUGUCUGAGAAUCCAAUAUUCGCAGUCGAGAAACUACUUCCUGCAAUCAAAAACGGAAUCGAAGAAAACAUUAAACGUCUCAACAGAAUCAAUAUUCAAAUAUAA